CCCAUCCGUUGUUGACUUACCCAUAUUGCCCCUGCUUCAGUUUUAUCCCUCGGUUGUUCCUCUGGCGAUCGAGCACCGCCGUCCCCCAAAUCCGAAGCCGCCGAGCCCUCCACUGAUGCAAGCCGAUGCCACGAAACUGUCUUGAUUGCAACUGGAUUUGCGUGGAGUGGCGAUCCAUCCGGACUUAGGGUUGUUCUCUUUUGCUGGUCUCAUAGGGUAGGACCCUAGGUGCAUCCGCCUCCGCGUGGGUGAGGCGGAGGGAGGAGGGAGGAUGUCGUCGCUGAGCCGGGAGCUGGUCUUCCUCAUCCUACAGUUCCUCGAUGAGGAGAAGUUUAAAGAGACUGUCCACAAGCUCGAGCAGGAGUCAGGGUUCUACUUCAACAUGAAGUACUUUGAGGACGAGGUCGUCAAUGGGAAUUGGGACGAGGUGGAGCGCUAUCUCGGGGGCUUCACCAAGGUUGACGACAACCGCUACUCGAUGAAGAUAUUCUUUGAGAUCCGCAAGCAGAAGUAUCUCGAGGCUCUUGAUAAGCAUGAUCGAUCAAAGGCUGUUGAAAUCUUGGUCAAGGACUUGAAGGUCUUUGCAUCCUUCAAUGAGGAGCUGUUUAAGGAGAUCACACAGCUUCUGACCUUGGAGAACUUUAGGGAAAAUGAGCAGCUCUCCAAGUAUGGUGACACAAAAUCUGCAAGAGCAAUAAUGCUUGUUGAGUUGAAGAAACUGAUUGAAGCUAACCCCUUAUUCCGCGACAAGCUUCAGUUUCCCAACCUGAAGAAUUCUAGAUUGCGGACACUUAUCAACCAGAGCUUAAACUGGCAGCACCAGCUUUGCAAAAAUCCUAGGCCUAAUCCUGAUAUCAAGACUCUCUUUGUUGAUCAUUCUUGUGGACAACCAAAUGGUGCACGUGCUCCAUCUCCAGCAAACAAUCCGUUACUUGGAUCUAUACCAAAACCUGGAGGUUUCCCCCCACUGGGUGCCCAUGGACCAUUUCAACCUGCACCAACACCUGUCCCACCUCUGGCUGGGUGGAUGUCAAACCCUCCAGCAGUAACACAUCCUGCUGUGUCUGGUGGUGCAAUUGGAUUUGGUACUCCUACGAAUCCUGCUGCUAUAUUAAAGCAUCCUAGGACACCGACAACUGCCAACCCUGGUAUGGAUUAUCCAUCAGGAGAUUCUGAUCAUGUCUCCAAGAGAACUAGACCAAUUGGCAUGUCUGAGGAGCAGGUGAAUCUUCCGGUGAACAUGUUGCCUGUGACUUAUCCGCAGAGCCAUAGCUACCAACAAGACGAUUUCCAUAGAACUGUUGCACGGACCUUGAGCCAAGGAUCAAACCCGAUGAGCAUGGAUUUCCAUCCACUUCAACAAACACUUCUUCUUGUUGGUACCAAUGUUGGUGAGAUUGGAUUGUGGGAUGUUGGUACCAAGGACAAACUUGUUGUAAGAAACUUCAAGGUUUGGGAGCUUGGGAAAUGUUCGAUGGCCCUCCAGGCAUCUCUGGUUAAGGACCCUAGUGUAACAGUUAAUCGUAUAAUAUGGAGUCCUGAUGGAACCUUAUUCGGUGUUGCUUAUUCAAGGCAUAUUGUACAGAUUUAUUCCUAUCACGGCGGCGAUGAUAUUAGGCAACACCUGGAGAUUGAUGCACAUGUUGGUGGUGUAAAUGACAUCGCAUUUGCUCAUCCAAAUAAGCAUCUAUGUAUAAUUACAUGCGGAGAUGAUAAGACAAUUAAGGUAUGGGACGCCACUAGUGGUGCAAAGCAAUUUACCUUUGAAGGUCAUGAAGCUCCAGUUUAUUCAGUGUGCCCGCAUUACAAGGAAAACAUUCAGUUCAUCUUCUCAACUGCUUUAGAUGGAAAGAUAAAGGCAUGGCUAUACGAUAAUUUGGGAUCUAGAGUUGACUAUGAUGCACCAGGUCAUUGGUGCACUACAAUGGCAUAUAGCGCGGAUGGUUCAAGGCUGUUUUCUUGUGGGACUAGCAAGGACGGUGAAUCACAUCUAGUAGAAUGGAAUGAAAGCGAAGGAGCGGUGAAGAGAACAUAUCAGGGAUUUCGUAAGCGAUCCUUGGGUGUUGUACAAUUUGAUACCACCCGAAACAGAUUUUUGGCUGCUGGAGAUGAAUUCUUGAUUAAGAUAUGGGACAUGGACAACACAGGUCUUCUGACUACCAUUGAUGCUGAUGGUGGCCUACCUGCAAGUCCACGGAUUCGCUUCAACAAGGAGGGUACUCUGUUGGCUGUUUCUACUCAUGAUAAUGGUUUCAAGAUCUUAGCUAACACAGAUGGACUUCGGUUACUGCGCAUGCUGGAAAAUCGUUCUUUCGAUGCUUCUCGUAAUGCAUCUGAAACUGUAACUAAGCCUCUAAUAAAUCCAUUGACUGCUGCUGCGGCGGCUGCAGCAACCAGUUCAGGAACUGCUACUCCGGCAGCUAUAACUGCAAUGAAUGGAGAUAGCAAAAAUUUGGUGGAUGUAAAACCUAGAAUAGCUGAUGAGUCAUUGGACAAGUCAAAGGUAUGGAAGCUUAUGGAGAUAACUGAGUCAAGUCAGUGCAGAUCAAUAAAACUGGCGGAUAACAUGAGAGCAAGCAAGAUUUCGAGACUGAUUUACACAAAUUCUGGUGUUGCUAUCUUGGCUUUAACUGCAAGUGCUGUUCAUCUGCUUUGGAAAUGGCCACGCAGUGAUCGGAAUUCGACUGGAAAGGCUACUGCGAGUGUGUCUCCUCAACUAUGGCAACCUCCGAGUGGCAUCUUCAUGACUAAUGACACGGCUGACAGUAAUCCUGAAGAAGCUGUUCACUGCUUUGCUUUGUCAAAGAAUGAUUCAUAUGUCAUGUCUGCUUCUGGAGGGAAGAUCUCUCUAUUCAACAUGAUGACUUUCAAGACGAUGACAACAUUUAUGCCUCCACCGCCAGCAGCAACUUUUCUUGCAUUCCACCCUCAAGAUAACAACAUAAUUGCAAUUGGAAUGGAUGACUCAACCAUUCAAAUUUAUAAUGUCCGAAUUGAUGAGGUCAAAAGCAAGCUUAGAGGCCACUCUAAGAGAAUCACGGGUCUUGCCUUCUCAAAUGUGUUAAAUGUGUUGGUCUCUUCCGGAGCUGAUGCCCAGUUAUGUGUUUGGAACACGGAUGGAUGGGAGAAGCAAAAGAACAGAUUUUUGCAGAUACCAUCAGGUCGCCCAUCCAACAUCUUAGACACACGUGUUCAGUUCCACCAAGAUCAAAUGCACUUUCUUGUUGUGCAUGAAACCCAGAUUGCCAUCUAUGAUACUACUAGACUAGAACCGGUGAAGCAGUGGCCUGUUCGAGAGAAUACAGCUCCAAUAACACACGCCACAUUCUCGUGUGAUAGUCAACUGAUUUAUGCAAGCUUUAUGGAUGCUACUGUCUGCAUAUUUAAUGCAUCGAGCUUGAGACUCCAAUGUCGAAUUCUUCCAGCUUCCUAUCUUCCUCAAAAUAUCAGUUCAAGUGUUCAUCCUGUUGUGGUUGCGGCACACCCUUCGGAAGCAAGCCAGUUUGCUCUAGGUCUGACUGAUGGUGGUGUUUAUGUAUUGGAACCUUUGGAAUCUGAGAGGAAAUGGGGAAAUACUCCACCAGCGGAGAAUGGUUCCACGAGCAACUUGUCCACACCAGCUCCUAAUGGAGCUUCGAGUUCUGAUCAACCAGAAAGAUAAUCACGGGAAGUUGAACUGGUAGAUUUUUCUAUCACUUCUACACUUCGUGGCACAAGUCACUAACCAAGAUGGGCUUCGCUCUUGCAACUUCCCUUGGCUGAUCUAGUCGACAACGUGAUCAAUAAAAACGAGCUCAACAGCAGUUUUAUCUGUUGCUUAUAUAUAAUUCUGUUACCUGUAUUGAGUGAGGGAGGAAUUAUACUUCAUUCUGCUCAGUUUGCCGUGCUGUGAAAAAAGUUUACCAGUAGAUAAGCUGUAGUAUGACUAUUAGUUUGGCUGUACUUGGUACCUUUAUUUAUGCCUCACCGGUAAAAUAUUGCUUUCA